GUGUGUCUGCAAAUUUUGGAAAAAUCUAAUAGAUAGUCCUGCUUUCAUUUCCAUUCAUUUAAAACACAACAAGGGCAAUGCCCGUAUGGUUGUAUACUAUCACAAUGAGCUUAGGGACAUGGGGCACAUCGUCUUGUUCCCGGACAAAACACUUACGGUGCCCACAUAUCACAAUAUGGGGAUAUCCUUCCCCGUAUUUAAUCGGCUUGGUGGUCCUAUUAACGGUGUUUUUUGCCUAUGUGACGGACUUGAUCGCAUUGCUAUGUGGAAUCCCGCGACAAGAGCAUUCAGGGCUCUGCCAUUGUGGUGCACGAAAUUAUUUCCGCGUGACUGGAUCCCUCGUCACUGCGGCUUUGGAUUCGGGUUAGAUCCCACCAAUGAUGAUUACAAGGUAGNCUGA